AUGUCAGGAAAACGGUCCCGCGCUCAGUACGAGGCCGACCUUCAAGCUCAGCAAUCGCCAUACGUAGCCUUUGGAACACCUCUCCCUCCUCGAGAUCCAGACGUCCGUGAUGACGGAUCAUAUGUACCGGUCUGGAAGCAGGAGGUGAGGGAUGAGCGGGGGUUAAAGCGCCUACAUGGAGCUUUCACUGGCGGUUUCAGCGCAGGAUAUUUUAACACCGUAGGGUCAAAGGAAGGAUGGACCCCUUCGACAUUCGUAUCCUCUCGCACGAACAGGAAGAAAGAUGAACCGAAGGCUGCUCAGCAACGGCCGGAAGAUUUUAUGGACGAGGAGGAUAUCGCCGAUGCCGAAGAUGCCAGAAGGGUACAGACUGUAGAGGGGUUCGCAGGACUUGGUUCGACACAAGAUGAUGCCGUCCGACGAGGAGGUCUCAUUGAUCUCUUCAGGAUAGAGGGAGAAACAAUUGGUGUCAAACUCCUCAAGAAAAUGGGCUGGAAGGAAGGACAAGGCGUUGGGCCAAAGGUACGGCGGAAAGCAUAUCUGGAUGAUGUGGAGAGGUCAGGCGAUGACGCGGAUGCAACCCAUCUCUUUGCGCCGGAGAACACACAUAUGAUCAGCUUCAUCAGGAAGAAUGACCGUAAAGGCCUUGGGUUCGAUGGGGAGACGAAAUUAUCUUCAGGUCCUGGAGAAUCCAAUACUGUCAAAUCAGAAGAUGAGGAUGACGACCGGGGACUCCUGGCACCGAAGAUAUCGAAAAAGAAGAAGCCCAAGACUGGUGGCAUUGGAAUUGGAAUAUUGAAUGAUACAGGGUCAGACGAUGAAGAUCCCUACGAAAUUGGACCUCGAAUAUCCUACAACAAGGUAAUAGGAGGGGACAAGAAAAAGAAGAAACCUAUCAACGGAGCUGCAAAUCCGUUGCUGAAGUCGAAACCUGUGUUUAUCUCCAAGAAGGUCGCAAUGGCAAAAGCUUCUGCUGGGCUGCGGAAAUGUCACGAUGGCAGAUUACCCUUAGAUGGGUUUUUCCUGAGCACCAAUGAUGAAUUCUCAUCGGUGAUUCAGUCUGCUGGGAAAUACGUCCCUCCCAGCAUCCCAGAGGGUUGGAAAUCUUCAAAGCAACCUAAGCCAGGCUAUCAAAAUGCAGCAUAUCUUUCGACAGCAGAAGCUGCCAAAGCAUCAAAACUGGAUCCGAAAUCUAGGGCCUUGAUACUUGGAGAAGCAGCAUUGCCCGGGAAGUCGGUAUUCGACUUCCUCUCUCCUGCAGCGCGAGACAAACUUGCGGCUGCCUCUGGGAAGAGCAAUCUCCCUGCAGCACUCGGUGAAAUACCAGAAGGAUACAACAUGACAGAAGAAGAGCGUCAAAAAGACCUUCUAGCUCAAAUCCCCAAAGUCGACAAAUAUACAGCCGAUGCAGCACUCAGUCGAGGUGCCAGCGGCUUUAUGCCGUACGGCGAAGACGAAGCCAAACGCACUCGAUACCGAACGUUCCUUGAGUACCAAGCUGGUCUCUAUCCAAUUCUACCAGAAAAGCCCCCGGGUGUCUCUCGAGAUGACUGGCUGAAAGAACUCAGGGAGUUUGCUAACUGUGCACAAAUAUUCAAACCAAUGUCUGGCAUGAUGGCCACACGCUUCACAUCCUCAACCACAGCACCAAAACUUGCUUCUGAUGCCACUGGCUCCUCGGCACCAGAGUCUCUGAUAAGCAAGCCAGCGCCAAAGCCAGAAGAUCCAGCAGAACAGGCUGCGAGGUUAGGCAUGUACGGUCCCAUGACUCGAAGCUCUCAAGACUGGUAUCCCACACGACUCCUCUGCAAACGAUUCAACGUCAAACCGCCAGCUCAUGUGCAGCCUGGGUCUACUGAACACGACGAGGGAGGUGGACCUAGGAAUACAGCCCCGGAUCUGGUCUCGAAGACAGCGAUUGAUGAUAUGAUGCGGCAAUCUGGAGGGUUCAAUCCAAAUUGGAAUGAGCGAACGAUGGAGAAUAGACCUGCUGAGGCGGCUCCCGCUCCAGUUGAGAAGAAGGAAGAUGUUGUCGUUGAUGCGGAGAGAAAUGAAGCACUCGAGGGACAGAGGGCUGGAGAGGCAGUGUUCAAGGCUAUUUUUGGGGAUGAUAGUGAUGAUGACGAAUGA